ACUCUCCAGGGACCCAGAGUGUUGGCUGAGAGGGAGCGAGCAAGCAGGGGAGGGCGGGGAGGGAGGAGCACAUCCUUAUGCAGAGAUGCUGCAGUGGCUUUGGGCACACACAGCCAAGCAGCAGCACAAAGCAAGAACUCGCCUGAAGGAGGAGAGCGGGCAGGAGAGAGGAAGGUUGUUGCAGCAUCGAGGGCUCUAGGAUCUCCCCUACAUACACGCCACGCACAUGCACACACACCAACACACGUGUCAUCCAGCCCAAGGGUCCCUGUCCCUAUUCCUCGAUAAAGAUAACCCCCACCCCGAGGCAUACGAUGGGAGCUCCCACAGAGCUGGUUUUCAUCUCAUUAGCCAUCAUCACCUUUACGGGGUGGUGCCCAGCACACGGUACCAUAAGGAACUAUGGACCAAUCUUUGAAGAUCAACCAGUCAACACCCUCUUUCCUGAAGGCUCAACAGAAGAGAAGAUAACUUUGGCUUGUCGAGCAAGAGCCAGCCCUCCUGCAACUUACAGGUGGAAGAUGAAUGGCACAGAAAUGAAGAUGGAGCCAGAUACCCGUUACAGGCUAGUUGGGGGCAACUUGGAGAUAAGCAACCCAGUAAAAGCCAAAGAUGCUGGGUCUUACCAGUGCCUGGCAUCUAACCCCAUGGGCACGGUCGUGAGCCGAGAAGCCUAUGUCCGCUUUGGCUUUUUGCAGGAAUUCUCCACAGAAGAGCGAGACCCUGUGAAGAUUACAGAGGGCUGGGGGUCGAUGUUCACCUGCAGUCCCCCUCCACAUUACCCAGGCUUGUCCUAUCGAUGGCUCCUGAAUGAGUUUCCCAACUUCAUCCCAGCAGAUGGAAGGCGCUUUGUCUCCCAGAUGACAGGAAACCUUUACAUUGCAAAGACAGAGGCAUCGGACCUGGGCAACUACUCCUGCUUUGCCACAAGCCACAUCGACUUCAUCACGAAGAGCGUCUUCAGCAAGUUUGCCGGACUCACCCUUAUUGCAGAGGAUGCCAGACAGUAUGCACCCAGCAUUAAAGCCAAAUUUCCUGCCGACACCUACGCCUUGGCUGGGCAGCAGGUGACUCUGGAGUGUUUUGCCUUUGGAAACCCCGUCCCUCGGAUAAAGUGGCGAAAGGUGGACAGCCCACAAUCCUCCAAGUGGAUCUCCAAUGAGCCCCUCCUGCAGAUCCAAAACGUUGACUUUGAAGAUGAAGGCACUUACGAGUGUGAGGCUGAAAAUGCUAAGGGAAGAGACACCUACCAGGGCCGCAUUAUUAUUCAGGCUCAGCCGGAGUGGCUGAAGGUGAUCACAGACACGGAAGCAGACAUUGGAUCUGACCUACGCUGGAGCUGUGCAGCAGCUGGCAAGCCAAGGCCUAUGAUCAGAUGGCUCCGGAACGGGCAGCCAUUAACCUCUCAGAACCGCAUCGAAGUGAGCAGCGGAGAGCUGAGACUUUCUAAGCUAGCCCUGGAGGACUCUGGCAUGUAUCAGUGUGUAGCUGAGAACAAACACGGCACAGUAUAUGCAAGUGCUGAAUUAACAGUGCAAGCCCUAGCGCCAGAUUUUCGGCUAAACCCUGUGAAGCGGUUGAUACCAGCAGCCCGAGGUGGGGAGGUCAUCAUCCCAUGCCAGCCAAGAGCAGCACCAAAGUCCAUUGUGCUCUGGACCAAAGGAACUGAACUCCUGAUCAACAGUAGCAGGGUGACUAUUACCCCAGAUGGCACCUUGAUCAUCCGGAACAUCAGCAAAUCUGAUGAGGGGAAGUAUACCUGCUUUGCUGAGAAUUUCAUGGGAAAAGCCAAUAGCACAGGAAUCCUCUCAGUUCGAGAUGCCACCAAAAUCACCCUGGCACCAUCUAGUGCUGAUAUCAACUUAGGCGAAAACAUUACCCUCCAGUGCCAUGCCUCCCAUGAUCCAACUAUGGACCUAACUUUCACCUGGUCCCUGGAGGACUUCCCCAUUGACUUUGACAAGUCUGAAGGGCACUACAAGCGAGCUAGCAGGAAAGAGGCUAUUGGGGACCUCGCCAUCUUGAAUACUCAGCUGAGGCACUCCGGGCGGUACACAUGCACAGCACAGACAGUUGUGGACAGCGCAUCUGAGUCGGCCAUGCUGGUUGUAAGAGGACCACCUGGGCCCCCUGGGGGCGUGGUGGUGGUGGACAUCAGCGACAUCGCCAUCCAGCUGAGCUGGAGCCGUGGCUUUGAUAACCACAGUCCGAUUGCCAAAUACACCAUCCAGGCCCGCACCCUACUCUCUAACAAAUGGAAGCAAGUGCGCACCAAUCCUGCAAAUAUUGAGGGCAAUGCAGAGACAGCCCAGGUGGUGAACCUCAUUCCCUGGAUGGACUAUGAAUUCCGGGUCCUAGCCAGCAACAUCCUUGGAGCUGGGGAGCCUAGUGGGCCCUCCAGCAAAAUCCGCACCAAAGAAGCCGCCCCUACUGUGGCACCAUCUGGGCUCAGUGGAGGAGGAGGGGCCCCCGGUGAGCUCAUCAUCAACUGGACGCCAAUGCUGCGGGAGUACCAGAACGGAGAUGGCUUUGGAUACAUCCUGUCGUUCCGCAAGCAAGGCACCCAGGCGUGGAAGACUGCACAGGUGCCCCACCCAGAAUCCCUGCACUACGUUUACCGCAACGAGAGCAUUGGGCCCUACACCCCAUUUGAAGUGAAAAUCAAAGCAUACAACAGGAAGGGGGAGGGACCGGAGAGCCUGACUGCCAUCGUGUACUCUGCAGAGGAAGAACCAAAAGUGGCUCCCUCCAGGGUUACAGCCAAGGCCAUUUUGUCCUCGGAAAUGGACGUGUCAUGGGAGCCCGUUGACCAGGGAGAUACGAAUGGAGUCCUUCUGGGCUACGAGAUCCGGUACUGGAAGGAUGGCGAUAAAGAGGCAGCAGCAGACAGAGUGAGGACGGCAGGUCUCGUCACCUCAGCUCACGUGACAGGCCUGAACCCCAACACAAAGUACCAUGUGACAGUCAGAGCUUACAACCGGGCUGGAACGGGGCCAGCCAGUCCCUCUACCAACAUCACAACAACAAAGCCACCCCCUAGGAGGCCACCUGGUAACAUCUCCUGGACAUUUUCCGGCUCCAGUGUCAGCGUCAAGUGGGACCCUGUGGUUGCAAAGGCGAACGAGUCCACUGUCACUGGGUACAAGAUGCUCUACCGGCAGGACUCGCACUCCAUUCCCACGCUGUACCUGGCCAGCAAGAACCGGAUUGAGAUCCCAGUGCCUGAAGACUCCACUCAUGCCCUGGUGCAGAUUAGGGCAACGGGGCCAGGAGGAGACGGAGUCCCGGCAGAGGUUCACAUCCUCAGAAAUGGCGGCACAAGUAUGAUGGUGGAAAAUUCUGCAGCCAACCCAGCACCGCAUACUGUCGUUAUUACGACUAACUCUCUAGUAAUGUUGGCUCUGAUUGGCUACUUGGAGCUCUGAUGCUAGCCAAUCCAAUUGAGGAUCACUGGACACAAUUCCUCCUCAACCUGCACGGAACUAUUUGACAUUUGGCUAUUGCAACUACAAGUUUGUGCCACAACAGCGCUACAAAAAAGGGGGUCGUCAAAAUCAAUGUAAGGGAGAAGAAAACUAAAGAAACACCCAUUUUUUUUAGAAAGUAGAACACUUCAUACAAGACAUGGGUCUUUAACCAAUCAAAAAUUUUUUUUAAAGAAAAAAGAAAAAAAAAAGAGGAAGAAUUGUGUGUGAAUUCUGGGAGCCAGCUGUCUUAUGUACUUUAUCCAGUAGGUUUAUUGCCUUAUGAAGCCAUGUAUGAAAAUAACCAGACUGCUAAACUAGACUUUUUUUUAAAAUAUGUACAUUAGCUUUUUAGGGGAAGGAUUUCAACGUUAUCAGCAUGCUCCAUACCAACCCCACAGCCACCUCUGAACUGAGAGCUCUGGUGUUCGAAGAUAAGGGAGAAUAUUAUUGGAGGAGCUUUUCCAAGAUCCUGAGCCAAAUCAGCUAUUUUGCAGCAACCAGCUCAAGGAGAAAAAGCCUCAAGAGAAAGGAAUCUCUGUGCCCUGCCCUAUCCUGAAGGAGAGGGAUGAGCUUAGUACUUAGGUGGUGAAAAAGAAAGAGAUAAUAGAUCAUAGGUGAAAUUGAAAUGGUUUUACUUGCCUCUUACUAGCAAUGUUGGGGCUGACUUGCAAUCCUGUACAACAGGUCACCCUGGCUGUUAUGCUAAGAGGUGCAACCUUCAGUGUUAUCCACAUCCUGGGAUUGUUUUGUGGUGGUGGUUGUUUUCCCUUUGGGUGUUUUGUUGUUGGGUUGUUUUUUUUUUUUUGUUUUUUUUUACUUUU